AUGUCUUACGGGGAUGAUUCAAAGAAGAAGAGGAGAUUGGCCGUUAUCGGAGUCUCUUCUCUCCUCUUGGUAGCUAUGGUUGUAGCUGUUACCGUUGGCGUCGGCCUUAACAAUGACAGUAAUGAGAACGUCAAUGACAGCAGCCAUAAAAGCACCAGUCAGGUAUCUCCCACGGUGAAAGCCGUCAAAGCCAUUUGCCAGCCCACAGAUUACAGAAAAACAUGCGAAGAAAACCUCCAAAAAGCUGCUGGAAACACCACAGAUCCUAAAGAAUUGAUCAAAAUAGCAUUCAAGGUUGCAGAGAAGCACAUUAAUGAGGCUUCCAAGAAAUCAAAGCUUCUGGAGGAGCUCUCAAAGGAUCCCAGAACCCGAGGGGCUCUUCAGAGCUGCAAAGAGCUCAUGAGCAUGUCUGUUGGUGAGCUCAGGCAAUCUCUUAACAAAGUAACAGAUUUUGAUCUUUCCGAGUUAGAGAAAUUGAUGGAAGAUGUUAAGACUUGGCUUAGUGCUUCCAUCACAUAUCAAGAAACUUGCUUGGACGGGUUCGAAAACACAACCACCAAUGCUGGAAAGGAAAUGAAGAAGGGAUUGAAGGUUUCCAUGGAGCUCAGCGCCAAUCUCCUUGGCAUUGUUUCCGGGCUCUCUUCCGCAAUCCCUUCAAUGGAAGCUUUCAGCCGCCGCCGCCUCCUCCAAGAUGAUCUACCUGUUCUUGGACAUGGUGAUCAAUUCCCUACCUGGGCUGACUUUGGAACUCGCAGACUCCUUGCUGCUCAUGUUUCAAAGAUUAGGGCUGAUAUUGUUGUGGCUAAGGAUGGAAGUGGAGACUUCUCAACCAUCAGAGAAGCAUUGCCCCAUAUUCCCCACAAGAACACCAAGCCCUUUGUGUUAUACAUUAAGGAAGGAAUUUAUCAUGAAUACAUUGAGUUCAAUCGGAGCAUGACUAAUUUGGUGGUGAUUGGAGAUGGAAAGGAAAAGACUCGCAUCACCGGAAACAGGAACUUUGUCGAUGGAAUCAACACUUAUCACACCCCAACAGUUGGUAAGUAA